CCGAACGUGUUGAGAGUUUUCUUGUUGUUCUUAGGUAAGGAGGGUGAUUUUUACUUUUGGUACAAUCGGAUCGAAACGAUGCCGAAUUUGCCUCUUGAUCCACAACAACUGGCUCGCAGGCCAGUUGAUAACAAUGAGAUUCUGCUUCCCCUCGAUGAGGAGUACAUUGAUGCCUUACGAGAAGAGCUGUGUACGAGAGAGAUGAGAUUGCCUUGCAUGAUCCAGAAAGCGGCGACCCUCAACGAAUCUGAAGCGUCGACUAAUCCAGACGACCUUGCAAGAAUAGUGUCCGAGAAGGUCAACAUUUUUAAUGCUUAA